AAUAUGUCAAUAAUAUAGUAAAAUUGUAACGAAGUUUUGAGGUUGUUUUUCGUUUCAGUUCGUAAUUUCUCAUAUCGAAAUAUACAGCAAUUAGUGUAAUAUUGCUGGAAAUGUGUCUUACAUUUUAUUUUAAUUAUUUAUUUAAAUUUUAACCUUUUGUAAUUUUUAAGUAUAACCUUAAAAAAGUUGGGUUUUGAUUUAAUUCAACAAAAAUGGAAGUCGGUGCAGUGAAACAAGCAUUUAAUAAUGAGAUAAUAUUGCUCAAAAAGAAUCUAAAUCAAGCAAAAAUACAAAUAAUACACAAGCUUACAAGGAGGGCAAAGACUUUGGUGGUAAAGGAAGUACCGGAAUCCUUGAAAGAAAAAUUAAAAAGGAAGGCAGAGUCUGCUGUUAAAGAAGUUUUGAUUAUAAAGAAAAUAAACACAAGAGACUUAGCACGGUUUAUAGUGACGCAUAGUGGAAAAUUAAAUGAUUUUAUAAACAAGCCAAUAGUGGACAAUGAUAAGGCAUGUGCUCGAUUACUUCUUCACAAAGCUUUACAAGAGAAAUAUAAACACAUCAGAGAAAAGUUCUCAGACAUAUCAAUAAAAGACCUAUUCAUGUCAAGGCAAGAAAGAAGGAAGCUGAAGAAAGAAGCGAGAGAGAAUCAGAAGAAUAAAAAGAAAGGUAAAGAUAAGAAAGGUAAAGCUGAUGAAACUGUUAAUGUUGAAGGAGAAUGGGAUGUUGAAAUUGCUGAUGACAAAAAUACUACCCUAGAUGGUGGCAACAUGAUGCCUGAUGAUGUAUCAGAAAAUGGUGAAUCUUUUGACGGAAACAACGAAUUAGAUGAUGAAAAUGUUUCUACUGAUGAUGAAAACGACAAUUCUGAUGAUGAAAUUGAAGAUGACGCUGGUGAAAAGGAAAUUGAUGAUGGGUCGGAAGUAGAACAGUCAAGUAGUGAGAAUAAUGAUUGCAAAGGGAGAGUUGAAAAUAGUGUUAUGGGUACACCUCUUGUUUAUAAUAAAAAUAAUAAUGAUAUUGAAAGUAGUGGCGAAGAAUCAAACGAUAUGGUUACAACGAAAAGUAAAAUAGAAUUAUCUAUAAAAGAUAUAAAGAGCAAGAACCUUUAUUCUAUAAAGGGAAUUAAACAAAACAUAGAUUCCAAUGAUUUCGGGACAAACAAAAGUAAAACAGAACCUACAUCACCACUCAAAAAUGUAUGUUCUAACAAGGCAGUUAAUAAAGAAGAUGAUUUACUAAUAAAAGUAAAAAAUAGGAAGCUUGAUAAAAAAGGUAAUAGCAACAAAAAUAAAAACCUUAAAAACAAACUUGAGAAAAGAAAUUUCAACAAAGAAACUGAUGAUGCACCUAAUAAAGUUACAAAAAUGGUUGAUCCGUUUUUUAUUACAUCAACAGGUGAUAAUUAUAUGUCGCUUGUUGAACCUAGGGAACCAGACGAAGUUAAAGAAGUUCAUAAGCAAGGCAACAGACAGUAUAGGAGAGCUGUUAUGUUUGGUCAUGUUCCUAAAAGAAAACCGCAGAGAAACUUUGAACCCAGACAUAUCAAUUUUAAUAAAAAUAAUAAUUCAGAAAUUGAUAGUUCAAAUUAUAACAAAAAGAAUUUAAACCAAAAUCACAGGAAUAUUGAUGAUAAGAAGGGGUUCAAUAGACAAUUUGAUAGAGGGAAUCCUAAAGAUGUCCCUGUUGUCCCUGAAAAAUUGCAUCCAUCAUGGGAGGCGAAGAAAAAGCAAUCUGGUAUUUUACCAUUUCAAGGUAAAAAGAUUGUGUUUGAUGAAAGCUAAUGAAUGUAAAUUAAAAUUAAUUUAAUAUGUUA